GCCUUGUCCCUUGUCCCGCACGGCCUCGCUGUGGGAAUAGCCUAUCCUGGUUCACGGCGCCAAAGCCAGCAUACUACCUACCUACGUACACCACGCCACGCCACACCAUUGGACCCUCGAAACCAUCACCCCUGAAUCGUCACCGAAUGGUUGUCAACCUCAGGCCAUAAAACAAAUCAUCGCUUAUCUGCCUCCCGGCGCUGUCCCCUCAACCAAGCCGGCGACCUCUUCAAUGUUCCGCUCACAUACUAGGUCGCUCGUUGUCCUCUAAUAAUUCUAACAUCCUACCUACGACGACCUUUUCUUUUUGGACAGUCGGCCUCCUCGGGACGCGACCCGAAUUCAUCCUCCCACGCUAAGCACUCUUGCUUCCCCCCCCCCCCCCCCUUCGCGCUGAAAUGGCGAGACACCUGUCUGUCAUCGUUAUCCUAGUGAUAGCCGCGUUCAUUGUCAUGUCCUUCAUGACGUCGUUUAGCGACAGGUCAGAGCAGAUACGACAGGCCUUGCCAGUAAAAGGCGUGGCGGAGCGUCCACCCCGUCCGGCGCCGGUACCACCAGAUACUAAGGCCCCUACGAAAGUCGAAUCGAUAGAAGCGGAGAAACCAUACACCAAACCAGACGUCAAGACCGAUGCGAAGUUGAACUCGGAUUUCGCGUCGCUGCCUACCAAUAUCUUAACAGGGGACGCGAUAGCCCCCAAACUCGAGAAUGCCACGAUCAAGGCCGAGCUGGGCCGCUCAACCUGGAAGUUCCUCCAUACGAUGAUGGCGCGUUUCCCAGAGAAGCCGACCGAAGAAGACUCUCUCGCGCUCAAGACCUUCAUCCAGCUGUUCUCGCGCCUGUACCCGUGCGGCGACUGCGCGCGCCAUUUCCAAAAGCUGCUCGCCCAGUAUCCGCCGCAGGUCGGCUCGCGCAACUCGGCAGCCGGGUGGGCUUGCUUCGUGCACAACCAGGUCAACGAAAGGCUGAAGAAGCCCCUGUUCGACUGCAACAACAUCGGCGACUUCUACGACUGCGGCUGCGGGGACGACGACAAGAAAGGCGCGGCAAAGGAGGGCUCGGAAGGCGUGGCGGAGCUGAAACUAGAGAAGGAAGGGUUGACCAAGGGCGGCUAAGCAUGCUAUCCUACGGCGUCAAGAUUUUGCAUAUACGGCGUACCGAGCGGAGUCCCUGGUCACUGUUUAUAGAGAUUGGUAUGCGCGCACGGCUAUAUUUUAUAGAUCUCAGCUUGGUAUAAGCCAGGAGACCGUAAGCGCAGUUACCCUUAGUUCAUAGAUCGUGCCCUUUGAGGCGUGUGAGUAGAAGCCGAGCAUGAACAUAGCAAAGCUACGGACAAUAUGUCAUUAUUAUACCGAAUAUGAAGAGCACAACCAUGCCUGGAACCCCCCUGCAUAUCCCGGCGAUCCGUUGGAUGCAUCCACGAGCCGGUACAUGAAGUGAAU